AUGACACGUCGACAUAACCAGCGGGUGGUAUUUCGGUACCCCCAACGUCCGUUGGUGUGUUUUGUUGACCACCAUCGACCAGCCUGCGAAUCCCCAGAUGAUGGAUCACUUCCUGAAGAUAAUGGGGAUGCCACGGGGAUUAUGGAGUCAAUUCCCAAACAUUCUGGCUUCUUGAACCUAAACCCGACACUGUUGCUGCUGGUUGUAUACCGCGCAAUUCGAACAGACGACAUGAGUGCAGUCCGGGACACCCUAACAUACGACGCAGGCCUGCAUGUGAUUAAAAACUCUGGAAUGACGCAGGUAGUGCAGUGA